AUGGCUAAUCAUCUUCUUGCCAUACGGAAGCCUAGCCAUACAAACCACCCUCCUCGCGUUGGCAAGAACUGGGUGUCAAAUCUAGUGGCACGCAGUCCAGAGCUCCAAUGCCGCUUCUCAAGACGCUAUAACCAUGAUCGGGCCAAGUGUGAAGACCGCAGGAUUGUGGAGGAUUGGUUUAAGACCCUAGAGAGGGUAAUGACUGAGCAUGGGAUUGUGUUUGAAGAUAUUUACAACUUUGAUGAAGCUGGGUUUGCAAUGGGGCUCUGUGCAACUACCAAGGUCAUUACUAGUGCUGAGCACUACGGACGAACAACUCUUAUACAGCCUGGGAAUCGUGAGUGGGUGACUGCAAUUGAGUCAGUCAACGCGUCAGGAUGGGCCCCUCCGCCGUAUAUUAUCCUCAAAGGUCACAAUAUUCAGGAAGGCUGGUUUGACGGGCUGCCGGACGCUGGAGAUUGGAUUGAGAAUAAGAUUAUUCCUCUCUGCAUGCCACCACAUUCUUCACACCUUUUGCAGCCACUAGAUGUGGGUGUUUUUGCACCUUUAAAGCGCGCGUACGGAACCCUAGUUGAACAGCGAAUGCGGCUAGGAUUCAACACCAUUAAGAAGGCAGAUUUCCUAGAUGCCUAUCCUGCAGCACGUCGGGAAGCCUUCAAGGCUUCAAACAUUCAAAGUGGGUUCAGGGCCACUGGAAUAGUUCCAUUGGAUCCUCAAUGCGUUGUUCAGCAGCUGAAUAUUCAACUCCGAACCCCUACUCCCCCAGCCAGCAGGUCAAGCAAUUCAACGUCAUCCUGGAUCCUACAAACACCUAGUAACCCCCGGCAAUUGCAGAAGCAGGUGAAUAAGGUCAGAAAUCUUAUGGAUCAGGAUCAACCUCAUGGGUUAGUGGAAGGCUUUGACCAAAUAACCAAGGCCUGCGAAUACGGGAUGGUCAGCGCCAUGGUUAUGAAGAAGCAGUAUGAGGAUAUUUUCAAUGCAAAUGAGAAAGAGAAGCAAAAACGCAAGAGGUCUACACGCAGGAUCCCAAGUGCAGGGGGUCUAACUAGGAAUGAAGCUCAGAAUCUUAUUAUUCCUGCAGCUGAGCCUGCUGAACAGCCUGUUAUUCAACAUUCCGUACCUGCGGCCCCGGAGCCUAGACCCCGCAUACGAGCGCCACAACGCUGCAGCAAUUGCAAUACUGUUGGGCAUACAAGAAUAAGAUGUCCUCAACUUCAUGUAAUUUAA